UUAUGUUGACUAAUUUGUUUAUUUAACUGAGGAGUUGGGAAUCAAAAGAGUAUGAGCAAGAAUUGCCGUUCAUCUAAGCUGCUGAAACAGCUUUAUAUUUUCUCUCUUUGGGUUGAAUAGAAUUGUCAUUCAUCCCUAAAAAGCAAUUUAAUAAUGGUUGCCAUAUUUCUUUCUCUUCUUUUGAUUACUGGAUUCUCUGCUGCAAUUACUCAACAAGGAAAUUCCACCAUUAGCCUCGGCUCUUCCCUCUCUCCAAAUACCAAACCAUAUUGGUUAUCAGGUUCUGGCCAGUUUGCUUUUGGCUUCUACCCGUAUGAUGGUGGCUUUGCCAUAGGCAUCUGGUUGGAAAAGAUUCGGCAAAAAACAGUUGUAUGGACAGCUAAUCGAGACGACCUGCCGCUUUCAAGAAAUGUAACACUGCUUUUGACAAAUGAUGGUAGAUUUGUCUUGCAGGAUGAACAAGGCCAGCAGAUAGCUCUAACUAAUGCUCAACAGCCUGCUUCCUCUGCUUCCAUGCUAGAUACUGGAAACUUUGUCCUCUACAAUUCAAACUUAACCAUAUGGGAGACUUUCGAUGCUCCAACAGACACCAUUUUACCUGGUCAACCUCUGUUGGCAGGGAAUGAGCUUGCCUCCAGCAUCUCUGAGACAAAUCAUGCAACGGGAAACUUUCGACUGACAAUGCAGAGGGAUGGGAACCUGGUGCAAUACCCUUCAUACAUUCCACGUAAAUCUCAGUAUGCCUACUGGUCUACAGGUACAUACACAGUUGGAGAUAAUGUGUCUCUAAAUCUUAAUCGUAAUGGUCGGCUUUUCCUACUUAAUUCUACCGGCUUUAAUAUAGGGGAUUUAAACAAACCAGGAAAUCCCCCCUCUUACCAGUCUCGUUUGACAUUGGAUUUUGACGGAAUAUUGCGGUUAUAUUCUCAUAGCUUGAGUCAAGAUGAUGAUUGGUCAGCAGAAUGGUCCCCUUCAAACAAUGAUUGUGAUGCUAUUGGUCUCUGUGGCAUAAAUGCUUAUUGUACUAUACCGGAAAAGAAAGCUGUAUGUACAUGCCCUCCCGGUUUUGAUUUCUUAGACCGAGGACAACAUAAUUUGGGAUGCAGGAGAAAUUCCAGCACAGUUGGCUGCACGAGCAAGAAUGGAGAAACAGUUGAUGUUCUUCAGGAAUUGGAACGUGUUGAAUGGGAAGACAACCCCUAUUCUAUCUUGUCAUUGUCCAAAACUGAGUGUAGAGAGAACUGCUUGAAAGACUCUGAAUGUGAAGCCGCACUAUUCAAAGAUCAGGAGUGCAGAAAACAGAAGUUUCCGCUAAGAUUCGGGACAGAACGACAAGAUAAUUCUGGUACAACCAUGAUCAAGGUGAGAUUUGGGAGUUCUAACACAACACAAGUAAGCAAGGAAAGAAAGAAACAACAGGGAAUGGGCGUCAUAUUUGGCAGUUUUGCACUUUUAGGUUUUGCACGUAUUGUUCUAGCAAUUUUAGUUUUCGCGUUAAUUGUGCUAGCUUUUUCUGCUUUUCUGAUCUUUAGAUACCGUCUAUGGUCGUACAAAAAGGUUCCUUACGAAGUUAAUGAAGGAUUGGUUGAGGAUGUCCCUCUACGAGCAUUUACCUACAGUCAACUCGAAGUUGCAACGAAUGGCUUUGUCGAACAACUAGGUAGGGGCUCUUUUGGGACAGUUUUCAAGGGAGCCUUGCACAAUGGGCAGAGGAAAAUUGCUGUCAAAAGACUUGAAAAAGUUGUGGCUGAAGGAGACGUAGAAUUCAGGAACGAGAUGAGGUCCAUUGGAAGAACCAACCAUAGAAACCUAGUCCAACUACUAGGUUACUGCCAUGAUGGUUUUAACAGGCUCUUGGUGUAUGAGUAUAUGAGCAAUGGAACACUCUCUGACUACCUUUUCAAAUCCCAAAUAAAGCCAAACUGGGAAGAAAGAAUUAAAAUCUCCUUGAAUAUUGCUAGAGGGAUCCUAUACUUACACGAGGAAUGCAAGACCCACAUCAUCCAUUGUGACCUUAAUCCCAACAACAUAUUAAUGGACGAGCAAGGGUGUGCAAAAAUUGCAGAUUUUGGAUUGGCAAAGUUAUUGAUGCCAGACCAUUCCAAGACUCUAACCGGGAUAAGAGGAACAAGAGGAUAUGUUGCUCCUGAGUGGCUCAAGAACUUGCCCAUCACAGUAAAAGCAGAUGUGUAUAGUUUUGGAGUUGUGUUAUUGGUCAUUAUAUGUUGUCGCAGGAGCAUUGAUGUUAAUGCUCCCGAAGAAGAGGCUGUUCUUGUCAACUGGGUCUACGACUGUUUCAAGGCUAAUGAAGUGAGCAAGUUGGUGCCUGAAGAAGUUGAUCAGCAAAGCUUGGAGAGGAUGAUCAGAAUUGGGUUGUGGUGCAUAGAAGAAGAUCCUGCAGCUCGCCCUCCAAUUAAGAAGGUGGUUCAGAUGUUGGAAGGUACCAUAGAGAUACCCGAACCUCCAUGUGCACAAGCUUCAUUUCAGCAUUAGUUCUUCAUUCCACAGAAGACUGAAGUAUUUCUUUUUUUUCCCCCAUAAAACUCGAUUUGUAAUUUGAUUUAAAGAAGUUCAAGUUGUUACUACCAAGCUAGUGCCGCCUUCCAUGUUUAUCAUCGUUGUAAAUUCCAAUGUGUAUGCCCUCCUCAGUCACUUCCUAAUUUAUGUGUUCGCUUUUUAAUAUGAAGUUAAGUCCUACUUCUAUUUUUCUCUA